UGCGAUCUCUGUCUUGAAUAGAACCUGCCCGAUCCAGGCCAAGUGAGAUUCGAACGGCCAGCGAGACAAAGAGCGCACUGACACAGCGCAGCGUUCCUCGUCUUGUUAUUCUCUCUCUCAUGAUCUGAUGUCAUCGCCGAGGAUAACACCGAGAACACGAAAAAAUCCUCACACAGGGGGGGUUUCUCGCGCGGUUCAUCCAGUCGGACCUCAAACUUGAGUGGCCAGCUGAGUGGCAGACUUACUGGCCAGCUCCAAAGCAUCCAUCCAUCCCACCAUCCACCCGUCCACCCGUCCAUGGCCGCACGCACCACCCGAGCCCAUCACCUCCCUGAAUUGGUACUGAGUUGGUGCUGAGUUACCCACUUACCCAUUUACCUUCUGGCUCGUCCUCCCCAUCUCCCAUCCAACGAACAUCGGUGAGAUCUCCUCCACCCACCCACCAACCCACCAACCCACCCACACAUGUUCGUUUGUUCGUUCAUCCUUGGUAGUGACGACACCUGCUCUAUUGAUGCUGCUAGCCGUUCUUGCGCGAUCGGGCUCAAAAUCAUCAUCAUCGUCAUCAUCAAUUUUGUAAUAAGGGAUAUCAUGGGGACCCAAAUUCAUUCGCGAAGUGGUGUUGAACCCAUCACGGAACCAGUUCCUAGAAGAAGGAAAGAAACGUUGCUUCUCGUUCGUUGAUUGAUUCAAAGGACCCGCGCGAGACCAUGGCCGCAUUUGUCUACGGCGAUAUCACCCGCGAGCUCCAUGCGGUAUGGGCGGCCAAGGUGGGCUCGGAACGGAACUCGUUACCAGAGUCCGACAUCCAAUCAUUGUUCAACGAAUUGUUAUUGUUCCCCUCUCAAGCUCAGAUCUUCGAAAUGUUCCAAUGUGCUCGAGAUUGUACCCAACAAGUGUGCAAAGUGAGUACCAGUAGCUGUAGCAGUAGCAACGAUUCGCCAAAGGAAGAAAAGAUGGUCUUCUUUGCCCCCCCUGUCAACCGGAAGAAUAGUUUGACUUUCGGCGAGUUUUGCGUCUUUGCCACGGAACUUCGCAAGUAUUAUUGUAAACAUGACAAGCAAAACGGCGGAGGCUUGGCCAUGAAUCCCACUACUAGAGCCUUGGAAAAGGCCAAGUUCAAGACUCAGAAAUCAAGCUCCUCUUCCUAUGACGUGUUUUUGGGAGGAUCGUGCAAUCCCACCUCUUGGCGACAGGAUUUUGCCAUACCGUACUUCAAAAGUUAUGGCAUUACCUACUACAAUCCUCAGCAGUCUAAUUGGGUGCCUGAAAUGAUCGAGUUGGAACAUCAGGCCAAGCAGACCUCGCAAAUACUUUUUUUCGUGAUGAACGAAAAGACAAGAAACGUGGUGUCCAUGAUUGAGGUGGCUUACCUCUCAGGUGGUCAAAGAAAGGUGAUUGUGAUGAUUAACCCCUAUCCGAAUUCGAGUCACCUGAUCAAUGGCGAGAAACUCUUAGAAUCCGAGUACUUGGAUCUCAACGCGGGCCUGACUACCGUCCACGAUCUCGUGGAACGACAAGGCAUUCCAGUAUUCAAGGACAUUAAUAUUGCGCUCUCUUGUAUCUCCAAGGUGCUGAAAGAAAAUCGAACCAUAGAGGAUCUCGGUCUCAAAGAUCAGGUGCAGCCUGUGAAAUUGGCUCAUAUUCAGAUCGGAGACAAACUUGUCCGUUUACGAGAGGUUUUUGACACCUUGGAUACCCAUCGCCUCGGCAAAAUUACCUUGAAUGACCUAAAAAUGGCCUUCCGGGUUCAUGCACAUCGUGACCUAACACCCAAAGAUCUCAGACAAAUCAUGGCCGCCUGCGAUGGUGUCAUGUCCAAGCGCAAAAGUGCCUCCUUCUCCAAUGAUCAAGUUAUGAUUGGCUUUGAUCAGUUCUGUUGCAUUGUCUCCGAAUUCAAACACAAGCCGUCGGCUGUGGACCCCUCUGGCAGCUGUAGGGAAAAAAGUGGAGUGUCCUCAAAGGCUAACCAUUUACUGAGGAAAGCUAGAAGUCCCUUUCAUAAGGUAGCUGGAUGGAUAGAGAACGCACGUUCGUAUCGCCGCGAACGCAAUGAGGAAUCCUCCUCUGGCCUUUUACCAUCCUCCUCGUCCUCGUCUUGUAAUCUCAAACGUCGCGGAAGUCAAAUUAGGGAUGUCUACUUGGGUGGAGCCUCGCGGGGAACACGGUGGAGGGAGCAGAUUGCCAUCCCCAUGCUCAAAAAGCACGGGCUGACUUACUUCAAUCCCCAUAGUUCCGCUUCACGCUUGCGCAGACUCAUUCCCAUCGAAGCUAGCGCCAUGGACAACUCGCGUGUCUUGCUUUUUGUGAUAUUGGGAAAUUCACGUUCGGUGAGCGCUAUGUGUGAGGCGGCUUACUACAUCGGUAAGGGCACCCAUGUGGUGCUUUGUAUUCAAAAGAUCAAGCCUGAUACUCUCAUCGAUGGUGAGGUUUUGAGCAAGACUGCCCUUAAGGACUUCAACCGCGGUAGAAGCUAUCUGUCGGACAUUGCCAACCGAGAAGCUGUGCCCAUUUUUGAAGAAAUCAACGAAGCUGUGGAAUGUGCCCUCCAGAAAUGCAAACAAAUGGAUCAUUGACAAAGCCGAUUGUUUAGCACAUAAUCAUUUCCUGUUAACAAUUUGCAUAGAAUACACGCAAGUAAUUGGCACAAGAACGACCCCCUUUGUGGUACUUUGGGCCUUGGAACUGAUGGGCCAGGUUGUCUACUUGAAAAUGACGACACUUGCUUUUCAG